GGCAGUCGAGACGAUCAGAAAGUUUCUAUUUUAAUAUCGCUUUAAAUUAAGACUGCUGAUGAGAUUUAGUUAUUUAUCUUUAAAUUGGGUACCGCCCACAAGUUUAUCUAAUGGAGGAAAUAAAUUCGUGCCGCUGCUGCUUAAUGCGGCCGCCAGACAAGCAUUUGAAUUCGCCGUAUACUCGUCUUGGGCAAACAGAGAUAUACACGGAUAUGCUAAAAGAGUGCUUCGAAAUACAUUUACCCCUUGGCGACAAUAAUGAGUGUGGCAUUUGUGAGAUAUGUGUGAGCCGCUUGCGGGACGCCAGUGAUUUCAAACUGCAAGUGCAGCGCUGCCAGGUGGAGCUCCAGACGCGGCUUACCAGGCCAGUUAAAGGUGAAGAGACACUAAAAGUAAAAAUGGAGAUGUCUGAUGAUGACGAUGACAAUGGAGCUUAUAUAUUACAGUUGAAAGAAGAGAUGUCUGACUACGAAGAGCUGAAAGAAGAAGAUGGUAAGCUGGCCGACCUGCUGGCCUUCGAGCAGGUCACCGUCAAGCGACGCAAGAGCAGCUCUUCCAAGACAGAACGAAAAUCACGAAAAAUUCUAUCACGACCAGAGCUCACACUUUCUCUUCGUCAGCUCUCAAAAAUGGAGAAAAUCAAGAGCCCCAACGAGGACCGCGCCGGCUACGUCAGCGAGAGCCGUAAACACAAGCACAACAUGGAAAAUCUACUCAAAAACUGCAACGGGACACCAUUCUCUAACAAAACGUUAUAUGGCUACAUAUGCGCUUAUUGCAAAGAAACAUACCCUGACCCACAAGAUUUAAGAACUCACACGGAAUCAGAACAUACAAACUCAGAGUUCUAUGACACUAAAAGGAUGGAUAAAAAUAAUAUGUCCGUUAAACUCGAUAUAACUGACCUUAAAUGCAAACUUUGCAACGAUAGAUUCGAAGAUGUAGCCACUUUGAAGAAGCAUUUGAUCAAACAACAUGAUAUAAAGUUUCAUCCCGAUGUUAAGGAUUACAUCAUGGAGUUUAAGCUAACUUCAGGAGAUAUAUUAAACUGUGCUCACUGUAAUUCUACAUUCGAGACAUUUAAAAUGCUUCUACAACACAUGAACGGCCAUUACAGAAACUAUAUCUGCAACGUAUGUGACAUGGGUUUCAUUAAUAAGCACAGAUUGAAAAAUCACGAACGUACGCACGAUAUAGGCACGUAUAAAUGCGAAUUUUGCGAUAAAGUCUUCACUACAAGAGUUAGAAAGAUGUGUCACGAGAAAUAUACUCAUAAUAGUAACGCGAGAUACACUACUAAUUGUCCGCAUUGCGACCAAAGUUUCACAAGCUAUUACCAAAGGAAUAGACAUAUGUUCACCGAACAUAACACUGUUGCAGCUUCAUACAAAUGCAAUAUAUGCGAUAAAAACUUCAUUCUGAAAUCAAAAUUAACAUCUCACAUUAAGAAAGUACAUUUAAUGGAGCGGAACCAUAUUUGCCCGGAGUGCGGACAAGGGUUUUUCAUUAAGCAAUCUUUAGACGAGCAUAUGAUCAAACAUAACGGAGAACGGGUACACAAAUGUAAUGUAUGUUUAAAAGCCUAUGCUAGGAAGAAAACUUUGCGGGAGCAUAUGAGGAUACAUAAUAAUGAUAGGCGGUUCAAGUGCGGUGUGUGCGGGCUGGCCUUCGUACAGAAGUGUAGUCUGAAAAGCCAUAUGUUGUCCAAUCAUGGGAUAACUCUGUCGGAGUUUGAGAGUCGGGAGCUAAGCAGUCCGCAGGCUACAUAAGGUUUAGUCCUACAAACUCAAGACAGUCCAAGCUAUCUUUACAUAGAUUGCAGUGACAGAGUGUGUAACACCACAAACAAGUUCCUAUGCUUAGAAAUAAAGAAAAGUGGAAAAGCUUACUGUCUCAGGCGAGCGGGGAAGAAUUGUAAUACUCUUACGGGUGGAUGUCUCUAUACUACGUUUUUUUUUAAGAUUAGAAUUUUUCUAACCUCAAAAGUUAGUGGCAAAGAUAGAUAUAACUCCGUUAUAGAUGGAUACAGUCUAUGAAAAAAACGUGCUUCGAAAAUCACGAAAAUUUGAUUCUCGAUCAGAUGUCACCACUAGUUUUGGCCUACUCUCGUAUAGAGGGCGUUGACGGUUUCGUUUCUUAUUUAUAAUUUUAACCCAUAUCCGUUAAAGUACAUGGGUCAAAAUCAUAUAAAAAUAAUUAAUGCAAAUAAAAAAAUCAUUUAUCCAUAUUUAAAUACAUUUUAACGUAUUUUUAUAAAUCUUCAUUUUUAGUUUUAAAGUAUGUCGAUAGAUGGCAGUGAAUUUACAGUGGUUAUAAAAUUUACUAUGACAGUACCGCUCUAUCUUAUUAUAUCCUUUUUGACGGAGUAUAGGUACCCCUCUGUGCCUUACAUAUGAGAGAUAUGGUGGAAAUACUCGCUGUCAAUGGUAGCUUAGUAAAGCGAGGGGCUGGUAUCCCGGAGUCGACAGUUCAAGUCUUACCCCAGACAGUGAGCUUUCCCAUUUUUAUUUCUAAGUCUUGUGGUAUACUUUGCAGACUUUUCUGCUUAAUACGUAACUAAAAGUUCCUAUGAAAUUAUCAAGUUUAUAGUGGCGUUUGCAUACUUUGUCACAUCAAAGUUAGUAAAGUUAGCUUAGACGAAACUCUAUUGUAGAAAAAAUCGAAUAAAUAUAUCUAAUAUUACGUAUUGUAUACUUGUGUAAAAUGCUUGCCUCGUACUGUAAGUUAAAGACGUGGAAAUGAUAAAGAAUGUCAAUGUCAGAAAAAAUGUGUUUCAAAAAUACGAAGGCGCAUAUUUUUGUUUUUAUAUUGGCACUAGGUAUUACGUUAUUAUUUUAUUGUUAUUUUGAUCAGAAUAUGUUUGACUUUUGCAAUUACGUUACUUGACACAAUUAAUCAUGAAAUUUAAUGACACUUUAUCAAAAUUGUGUCUAAAAUAUGAGACAUUCGAAAUAUCAUAGAGAAAUAAUUAAGCUUGAGUAUUCACCCUAGUGAGUAUUGUAUUGUUUGGUAUUCACUCUGUGCACAGAUAAUUUAUAAUCAACUAGCUUUUGCCCGCGACUUCAUCAGCGUGGACUUAGUAACAGCAGCUAAAGUAAGUAUAGCGCCUGUAAAAAAUCUCAUAGCAAUCAUCAAAUUUGAGCAUAUUAUGCACAUAAAUUAACAGGCACUUCAUUAAUUAUCACAAUUCCACCCCGCUUUUUACUUUCUUAAGGGAUGAUUUUCGGGAUAAAAACUAUCCUAUGUCCUUCUCAGGGACUCAACCUAUCUCUAUGCCAAAUUUCAUCUAAAUCGAUUCAGCGGUUUAAGCGUGAAGAGGGAACACACAGACAGAAAGACAGACUUUCGCAUUUAUAAUAUUAGUAUGGAUUUUAAGCGAGCUUUGCGAAAACUUAUUUGUAAUAAGAUUUAAGCGUACAAUACGUACAAAUUAUUUUUUAAGCGAGUUUUCGACUUAUUAAUAAUACGUUUUACCAUACCUGACAUACGACUUAUUAUUUAUUAAAAUUUAAAGAAACUAAUGUAUGAAGUGAGUACUCUA